GUUUUCUCUGGGGAAAACUUUACUCGAGAGAUGGAUCGGGGAGGUCUCGAAGUGGCCAGCGAGUAAACUUUUCCUCGGAGAAAAAGGCGCCGGAACGUAACCUUGAGUAUACAAUACGUAUUAUACAUGCCCCUCGCGGGAUUGCGGCGAAUUACCGACGGUCGGUACAUAAAUACAAUUAUAAUUCGCAUUUUACGGCUCGUGGAAAUUUUGCUUACUGUUUAUAACAGCGAAUUUGUUCGCGGGGCUGCGUAAACAUCACGGGAGACGUUCAGGGAUCUUGACGGUCAGAACGGAGCGGAGACAAAAUCACAGUCACGCGCACAAUAAUAUGUACGCGCGAUACAAGCCGACAUACGGGGUGGCGAUUCGUUGCUAUGCCGAACGCCGAAUCGCAGAAAUAGUGCGCAACAAUUAACGUCGCCGCUGCGGUUAUUAUUGCGGUCUAUCUUGCGUAUAUUGUUUAAUUUCCUUCGUUUCCGCCGCCGUGGAUUCAGUUUCAGGCAAGAUGUCCGAGCAGUUUCUGGGUUGCACAGUCUCGGUGAAGUGUAUCGAUGAUCUUGCCUACCAGGGUAAAAUUAUCGAUCUAAAUAAGAGCAGCCUGACUCUGGCUAAGGCAUUUUGCAACGGCAUACCUCACACCUCUUCUGUCGUUAACUUGAGUGUAAAGUAUAUACAGAAUCUUGAAAUUAUAUCAACCGAGGAAGUGGGAAAUGUAAACGACACGCACAGCAAGGUGAUUGUAAAGAGACCGAUUGCGAAAAGGGCUGGGCGAUCUAUUUCAGAGUGCGUUCCAAAUACAGUGCAAGCGGGAAGUUCUCAGACGCAGACAAAUUUCAAAAAGCCUGCGGAGCCUAACCAGCAACAAGUAGAGCAAACUCCUAAUGGAAAAAUACCUCCAAGUACACAUUCCGAAAACAAUGCGUCUAACAACAAGUCAGUCUCAAAAAGACUAACACACAGGCAGAGAGCGCUGGAAAGGGACGAACAUACCUUUGGUACUCCGAUUGAUCAGUCCUUACAGCAAGACUUUGAUUUCGAAAAGAAUUUAGCAUUGUUCAAUAAAGAGGCUGUGUGGCAAGAAAUAAACUCUUUGAAACCGGAUAUCGUUAGGCAGUCAGAAAGCAAUCGGGGUACUACGGCUAUCUACCGGCCUGACGAAAAUAUUCUUGUAUCCGAGCCUACAGUGCUCAGACAGAUUGUGGUGCCUUGCCGCGGUGAAAAGGAAUAUGUUACAGAUAAUGGUCUGGUGAUUCCCAGUAUCACUCUCAAUCUACAUCGGCAGUUAAUAGGUGCGGCAGAUAGAUUGGGAAUAAGUUGGGAACGCAGGGUGGAGUUGCUCGGUCGCGCCGGUGCUGAACUCACCCUACAGUUAUUGGGUGGAAGUCAUCGGUUGAAUCCGAAUAAUGCGCAUCAGUGGCCCACCGUGGUCGCGCUGUGCGGACCGCAUCGUUCCGGCGCCGCGGGUAUAAAUUGCGCCCGGCAAUUGUCCGGUCACGGUGUAAAGACAAUCGUGUUCGUGGAGAAUACGGAAGAUGUAUUUCUCCUGCAGGAGCUGUCGCUGUACAGGCUAACGGAGAACAAAGUAGAGACCAAGGUCAAGAAUCUACCUUCAAUGGUGGAUCUGAUACUUGUGGCGCUCUGCGAUGAGGAUUCACCUAGAAUAAUCACGCCAAUAGCGAGGUGGGCGAACAGUAAUCGGGCGCCCGUGCUGGCUAUCGAACCACCGGCGACGGGUACACCGGGUAUACUCAGUAAAUUCAGCCUGUUGGGUGCCCUACCGCUAUCGCACAGCGUUGACAACGGUAGAUUGUACCUGUGCAAUCUCGCGUUGCCGAACAAGGUCUAUUCCGACGUCGGCAUCACGUACAGAUCGCCGUUCGGACCUAAAUUCGUAAUUCCUCUACAUUCCAAUAACUCUUAGCAAAUUUUUAAGGAUCACAUCGUGUCUUUUUGAAUAGACGCCUUCAUUUUAUCUUAUGCGAUUUAUAAACCUCGUAUACAGGGAAAUAUAUCUUAUUUCUGAGGCCCACUGAGUAACAAAGAGUUUAAAUAUAGUUUGGCGUUUGAUAUAAACUUUUAGAUGAACUUUUAGAGCAACAGAGAGAGAGAGAGAGAGAGAGAGAGAGAGAAAGAGAGACAAAGAGAGUGCAUAGUGUACUAUAAUACAUUAAUUGCAUGAUAUCUGAAGAUUGAUGACACAAUGCAUAUUAUUUCCAACAUUGUAACUUCGAAAGCUGUAUUUUAAAAUCUUGAUGAAGCAUUAUGCGUUAUAGAUAAAGAAACCUAGAUAUUUUGUCUGUGAAGCUGUGAAAACAUCGUUUUAUUAGAUUUAUUAUUAGAUUAAUAUAAGGUAUAGCAUCACUAAUGCUCCGAAUAUAAAUGACAUACCCCUCCCAAGUAAAGGGUAUAUAAAUUCUUUCUGUACGAAUAGCUUCAUGUAUAACAGCACGAUUUUGCAUCGACGCACAUGGGUAUCUUUAACUAUGUAUUUGGUACAAUUGGAUAAAAAAGCUAUGUUGCUUUGCCCGCAUGCAUGUCAACACUACACAUAUACUAUAGUUUAUGCCAGUGCUCGGAGUUAGUUGUACAUUUCGGGCAGAUUGCAGUUGGAAACGAAUAAGAAAAAGUAAGUACAGAAAUUAUAUCGCGACAAAGUCUCGUAAUAAGAAUCAUCUUCAUGUUUUCCAUUUGAUAAGUUUAAAUAAUGAGACUCCUAUAGGUAUAUUAGAGCCACUGUAAGUGCUGUAAGGCACUUGUGUAAAGCACUACUUGGCCACAAAAAUGAAAGCUGAAAAAUGAAAAUAUUAAAUGGCAACUUGCACAUGAGAGGAAAAUUCAUUAUAUAAUUUUAAUAAUUUGUAACGUAUUUAUGUAAUCAUUAAGAAUCUGCGCACGAAAGGUGCAUUUAUUUAGCAUUUCUAUUUUGAUCAAUAAGCUGAUUGACAACAGUUUUAUACUUUUGCACAUCUACAUUACUUUGUUCGGUAAGCUCUAGUUACUCGUACAUGUACCGAAUAUUAUAUUUCACUUUAUUUUGUGUUCACCACUUAUGUUCCGGUACAGCGAUUAUAAUAGAUAUAGGUAUAUUGAAAUUAUUGUAACGCACAUAUAAGAUAUUUCCAGCGUUAUACAUAUAAGGUACUAAUUAAAAUUUGUGUUCCUUUUUGUACUCAUUUCUUUUAACAGUUUAUAAUCAAGUAUGGCAUGUGCUUUCUACGAUCAUACAUUUAUGGAAUUAUUAUGAAUCUAGAAAUUUACGUGAUAUAAGUUUCUUGCACACCCGAUGUUUAAUGAUAUUAAUAUUAAAUAAUCCCGCAAUUCUUGUCCAUUUUUAAAUGGACUAAAUAUUAUAAAACGCAUUUCAAAUGUUUUAAAUGAUUUAUUUGGAAGUAUACAUUUGUCAUAAAAACACAUUUGAUAAUAAUGAUUAAAUAAGUAAUAAAUAUUAUAGUUAUGUUAAUAUUAAUUAGUAAUGUUAAUUAUUA